UGUGUGUGUGUGUGUGUGUGUGUGUGUUUAGGUUCUGCGAGCGGUAAUCUGGUGGCUCAGGAGGCUGUGAGAAAACAGGCAACUUUCCGCAAGUCCACGUUCCCCAAGCCCUCAGAGCAGCUCUCCAGUUGUCUGAAUUGCAGUCGUAUGGCAGCUCUCACUGACAGACUGAGUUCUCUGGAGGAAAAGGUCCAGCUCCUUUCUGCCACAUCUAAAGGUGGAGGCGACCCUGAGUCCUCCUCCUCCUCCCUCAUGGGGGCUCCACCUGCUAGAGGAGCUCCAGGUGCAAAGGGUCCUGCAGGUCCACAGGGUGAGCGAGGCAGAGACGGGAACCCGGGCAAAGACGGAAAACCAGGUUCUCAGGGUCUGCCUGGGCCGAAGGGGGACACUGGACCAUCGGGUGCUCCAGGGUCUCGUGGAACACCAGGACCAGCAGGUCCUCGGGGCCCACCAGGGCUUCCAGGAGAUAGAGGUUUAUCUGGACCUCCUGGACCUCCCGGACCUCCUGGACCUCCAGCCACUGGCUCUGAAGACAGUGAGAAGAAAAACCUGCUUCUCUCCAACAGCUUCCCAGACCCUCGAGUGGUUCCUGCUCAGGGGCCUCAGGGGCCUCCGGGACCCAUAGGGCCCCCAGGAGCCCGAGGCCCAGCUGGACCUCCAGGCCCUAUGGGACAAAAUGGAAAGCUGGGUUCCCCUGGUGUACCAGGACCAGCAGGACCAAAGGGCGAGCGAGGAGAGAGAGGACCUCUGGGAUAUCCAGGAGAGAGGGGCUUCAAAGGAGAGACUGGAGAGCCGGGGCCCAAGGGUGAGCCGGGGGAGAAAGGCCUUCCGGAUGUUAGUUUGAAGAUGUUGCAAGACCUUCAAGCUGACCUGGAGCUGCUGGCUCGCAGGGUGCAGCUGCUGGAGGCGAUCAUCUGGCCAGAGCCUGACGGAGGAUCCGGCGACGGCCCGUUCGGCACCUCGUCUGCGGACUUCUUCCGGAACAAGCGGGCCGGUGUCCUGCCCUUUCGGGUCAAAACGCCGUCCUUCUUUACCGAGCCUAAAAUCCGAGGGAAGUCCUAAAGUAUCGACCUCUCGUUCCAGCUCGGACUGGCAAACCCUCGAAAGUCCCUAUAACACGUUCUGAUCCACUCACUCACCCUGGAACAUACCAUUGAAUAAGGAAAGGGGGGGAAACACCUCAGGGAAAGAACCAAGUGGUGCUGCAGAAGUUCAUCAUCUCAACAGUCUUUAACUUCAGGCUCCCUUUUACCUGUUAGAACAAAGAGAGAGCUAAAAUGUACUGUACAGUCAUUCUAACGCUGUGGGAUUAACGGUUAUAAGGUUUGGGACGAUAAGGGGACGAGCUGGUACACAUGACGGAGAGGAACAUCAGGUUAUUACUCGCUGAAGUCACUAUAUAUAUUUUAACAGACCCCUUUGGGAAGGUAGAAAUGUAUCGUAUGUAGGAAAAUACAAUACGUGUAUUCACUAUUCAUUUUUAAAACAUUUAAGCAAUAAAUUAGUUAUCCUCCCUAGCAUUAAAUGCACUAUUUUAGAUGUUGUUUUUAUUAUUAUUAUUAUUAUUAUUAUUAUUAUUAUUAUUAAGCUAGAAAAAAAAGCAAAAUGCUCCCAUGCAAAGGUUUUAUGUUUGUAUGGAAACAGAACAUUUUGACAUGGUGUAAUGUUUGUAUUUAUUUACAGUUUAAUAUGGAAUUGAUCUCUACAAUGUCAUGCAGAACGCUUUCCUGUCCUGUUUAGAUAUCUUUCAUUUUUUUUUAUCAUUUUUAUUCAGAAUCUUAAUAUUUACAUUUACAGCAUGUGGCAGACUCUCUCAUCCAGAGCGACGUACAAAAGUGCUUUUAAGUCUCGAUCAUUGAAUACAUUAAA